AGAUACGUUGUCAGACUAUUACAUAAAUACUCGUUGUUGCUUAGUCGGAGGCUGAUAUCGCCUUUAACACCAUGGCAUCAAACGAUUAUGCUCAAACGGCAUCCCAUGGCUAUGGGUCAUAUGGGGGGCAGUCCAGCCAGGGCUACAGUCAGUCCUCUGCCCAAGGCUAUGGCCAGCAAAGCUAUGGAGGCUACAGCCAGAACACAGAGAGCAGCUCUGGCCCAUACAACCAUGGAAGCUAUGGCUCCGGCUAUGGACAGUCCCAAUCUGGAGGAUAUGGGUCCCAGUCUUCCUCCCAGGGGUACAGCCAGUCCGGUCAGUCCUAUAAUUCGGGGGGCUACAACAGCAGCAGUCAGCCCCCUCAAAGUGGUGGAGGAUACAACCAACAGUCCUCUUACUCUGGAUACAGUCAGCAGCAGUCUACCCCGCCUUCAGCUCCCAGCUAUGGCAGCAGCUCCCAGUCAUCAAGCUACGGACAGCAGCAGCAGCAGGGUGGCGGUAGCUACGGGGGCCAGAGUGGCGGAUAUGGGGGCAGUGGAGGACAGAGUGGGGGUUAUGGAAGUAGCGGAGGUCAACAGCAGUCCUCUCAACAUGGGGGUGCUCCCUAUAGCCAAGCCCCUAGCUACAACUCUCCUCCACCCCAAAGCUACGGCCAGCAUAACCAGUAUAGCCAGGGAGGAGGCUAUGGGCAGGAUGCUCCACCCAUGGGCGGCGGAGGAGGAGGCGGAGGAGGAGGGUACGGUAGCCAGGACGGAGGUUACGGGCAGGACGGACGUGGGGGCCGCGGCCGUGGAGGCAGUGGCGGUGUCGGCGGCGGCGGCGGCUAUGGUGGUCGAGGUGCUGGCGGAUUUGACCGGGGUGGUCGCGGGGGACCCAGAGGCAGAGGUGGAAUGGGAAUGGGCGAUCGAGGAGGAUUCAAUAAGUUCGGUGGGCCAAGGGACCAGGGACCUGGUGGGCCCAAUAUGCUGGAGCAGGAUAACUCGGACAACAACACUAUCUUUGUGCAAGGUUUGGGCGACAACUGCACCGUGGACACUGUGGCAGACUUCUUCAAGCAGAUCGGCAUCAUUAAGAUCAACAAGAAGACUGGCCUGCCCAUGAUAAACCUGUACACAGACAGAGAGACAGGGAAACUGAAGGGCGAGGCCACAGUCUCUUUUGAUGACCCCCCUUCAGCCAAAGCUGCCAUUGACUGGUUUGACGGUAAAAACUUUAAUGGGAACCCUAUUAAGGUGUCCUUUGCCACACGCCGGGCUGAAUUUGGCCGUGGUGGAGGAGGCAUGAGGGGAGGGCGUGGCCGAGGAGGGCCUAUGGGCCGGGGUGGGUUUGGCGGAGGCAGGGGCGGUGGUGGUUUCCCCGGCAAUAGCGGAGGUGGUGGAGGCCAACAGAGGGCUGGAGACUGGAAAUGUGCAAACCCGUCGUGUGAUAACCUUAACUUCUCCUGGCGUAAUGAGUGUAACCAGUGCAAGGCCCCUAAACCUGAGGGUGUAGGAGGUGGUAUGUCCCCAAUGGGAGGAGGAUACGGUGGGGACAGAGGCAGGGGUGGUUUUGAUCGCGGGGGAUUCCGUGGUCGUGGCGGUGACCGAGGAGGCUUCAGAGGGGGGAGAGGGGGCGACAGAGGGGGUUACGGCCCUGGCAAGAUGGAUGGAAGAAGUGAUCACCGACAUGACCGCAGAGACAGGCCCUACUGAUGCCAGUGACCAGACCAGUAGCUCCCAUCUGUAGAAACUCCAUUCAUCAAACUUGGACCAGUUUGGCAUUGGGACCAGUACCCCCCCCCUCCUCUCUGCACAUGUGAUGCGCUUCUGUUUUAUAUGAUGUGUGUUACGGCUGUUAUUUUAAAUGUGUUUACGCCUUUUUUUUUUGAGGGAAGCUCA